AUCAUUACAAUUAAGGGAAGAAGAAGAGAUAAAUAAGAGUUAAUCUCUAACCAAAUUAAGAAGAAGAGAAGCAAAGAUGGGGUUUGAAAUUAGAUCAUGCUUCUUCUUGUUUCUCUUCUUCCUUGUUGUUGGCUUGGCUUCCUCUUCCCCAACCUACAUCAAAUAUAGCGUGCUUCGUCAGUCUCACGCGCCGGGGCGUGGCCUUCUUCAACAAUAUUUAGUGAAGAAUGAUUGUCCCAUUAAUUUUGAGAAGGAAGACUACACACCCCUUACUAGCCAAUGCAAAGGGCCUCAAUACAAUCCAGCAUUAUGUUGCAAUGGAUUCAAGACAAUUGCAUGCAGAUACACAAACGAAAUAAAUGAUGAGAGCAAUGGGUGUGCUACUGGUAUGUUUAUCUCCAUUAAUGAAAGUGGAAAAUACCCUACUGGUCUUUUUGAGAAUAUUUGCAAGGAAGCAGAAGAAGGUUUAAAGUGUGACAAUGUCAAGAGCCCUGUUGCUCCAAGACAAAAUGUUCAUAGUACACCAAGAUCAAAUCCCAGAGUUGGUAACAGACAAGCAAUUGGUAAACAUUAGGCAAGAAAAAGUUUUAAGCUUUAAUAAUUGCUUGUAAUAGUAUGGAAUUCCAAGUCUUGUACGUACAUUAUUCUGUUGGUUUUGUUACCUCUCAUUUAUUUUGUGAUUUAAAUUUUGUACCCAGUAUUUUGGGAUGUUCGCGAGACUAUAAUGAAUAAGAUCAUUCAUUUUUGUUUUUCUU